UGACGGCAUCACGUCCGCCUCAGAUUUGGAAGGAGCCAGCAAGGAGAAGAUGGAAGAGGCAGGCUCUACUCGCUCUAACUCUUCCGGACGCACUCGCGAACAGUCGGAUACAGCUCACGUGUCCGAGCCCAAUGUCGUCGCGUCCUCUCCUCAUUCAUCAGCAGCUGGCCGGCUCGUCCAAGAGAACGGCUAUAUAGUUGCAGCACCCCCUGGGAUCCCUGCGCCGUCCGGCUCGCCUUUCUCUACGCCUAGUCAUCAGUCCGGCUUUAUAGCCCACGAGCACCAGCGCGCCAUGGAUUUGAAGAGUCGCUCUGGGUUAUCUGCAUCUCUAGGUGCAACGAAUUGGGGAGUGGGAGAUACACAUAACCCUCAGUUAGGUCGGGGGCGACCUUCGGGAAUCUACUCCCUUCAAGAUGAAGUUGUUGUGGAGGAUGGGGAGUUAGAGGAGUUCAUCCCGGGCUCACUCUCGGAUCUCCUGACCCCAGAGGAGAGGUCGCGACGCUUUUCUCGCACGAACGCCGUUCGUCCUGCUAUGUCCCGGCUGGAAAACGACGCAGCGUCUAGGGACGUUUUAUCCGACGGUCCACAUCAUCGUCACUCCCGUUCCGUGCCUGCACCGUCACUCCUGCAGGACAUUCGGUCGAUUUGGAUGGAUACCACUGGUUCUCCCGGUGCAACCGACUCUAGUUUCAACGGUAUGGGUAUCACUGGUGGUGGGUUGGGCAAUGGAACACCUAGCUCGUUCCAGAGCAAUUCCGGUUUUGGCGGACGCGACGAUCCAAUGGCUCCUUCCAACGCUUCCGCUGCUUUUUUGCCUGGUCUUCACCAUUACAUGAAUACAAACUCUUCACAAAGACAGACGCUCGGGCCCGGCCUGUCGUCCCUUCAUGCGCCUACAUCGACUCUCUCUUCAUCCCUUCAUCCGUCAGCUUUCUCGAAUGCAGGUGGGGACGUUACUUUCUCCCCGCCUCGAGUAAGCGCAUUUACGGCUGGCACUACUUUCGACGGACGAACAUCUGACUUGUAUCUCUCGCAAGUGCAACGCCAUGUAUCUGCGCGACCUAUCCCCGCUACCCACGACAAUUUCAGCGGUGACAUCGACCGCAGUGCGUUCUCGCCGUCAACUCGAGCGCUACAAUCACAUGCUCCCGGACAAAGCCUCCCUCAAGGUCUUGCCGCCGGUUACUCGCGGAUACACGCACUCCCUCCGCUUGCUUCGCCCUCGUCAACGAUGGCUUUAAGCCCUGGUCGUUCGACGGGCAUUUCGCCAGGGCUGAAAGGUCAGCUGUCAGGUGCAUCCGUCGAAUGGAGUAGUCCGCCGCCUGCGGGCGAACCAUUUGCGACACCGUCCGCUGGUGGCCUCGAGAGCAUGUUCUCUCAUCGAUCUUACUCUGCAGCAGCCUCACGAGGGAACGGUGUUACCGCGAAUGUCUCUGCACGGACAGCAACCACACGUGUGUGGCAAAACCCACAGGGUGCACUCAGCAGUCCUCUGAGUGGGCCUGUCUUGACAGGGGACGAUGAUGAUCUUUUCAGCAUGGAUGGUUAACAGUAUGUACUACAAGGGCGUUGUGUAUUGAAUUAUAUUAUAUAGACUGAUGAUUAAAGUUCUCAUGGCAUUUCUGUCAGAUGUUGUGGUACAUCUUGACUUAAUUAUAUGUGACAU